UCAGAAAUGCUGACCUUGUGAUUUAACUAGUUUCUGCUAAAAUGUGGCUCAAAAUCCUGCAGAUACUUCUGAUUCUACAGUGCUCUAAGGAUGUCUGGGAACAAAACCUAGGUUUUGAAUUAGUCUUUUACCUCAUUAUUUUUGAUGGAAAAGAAUAAAAUAUUGUCUGCAAGCUGAACAAUGCUCAACAAUAACAACUUGCAUUUGUACGUUGCACUUGCCCUUUAUAUAGAUUAAGAAGAAGCAGAAGAGUGGAGUGGGGGAGUUGUAGAGUGAUGACGUAGCUUUCCAAUAGGAUUUAGUAACUGUUCAGAAAAUGAGCUUAACGUCCUGGUUUUUGGUGAGCAGUGGAGGCACGCGUCAUCGGCUGCCACGUGAGAUGAUCUUUGUCGGUCGGGAUGACUGCGAACUGAUGUUGCAGAUGGCCAAAGUAUGCAAACUACUUCAGAUACGAUCCCGAAGUGUGGAUAAACAGCAUGCUGUCAUCAAUUAUGACGCUCUUGAAGAUGAGCAUAAAGUGAAGGAUCUUGGCAGUCUAAAUGGGACAUUUGUUAAUGAGACCAGAAUUCCAGAUCAAAGCUACAUCACCCUGAAGAUUGAUGAUAAACUCCGAUUUGGAUAUGAUACCAAUUUGUUCACUGUCGAGAGAGGGGAACUGCGUGUCCCUGAGGAAGCACUUAAGCAUGAAAAGUUUACUAGCCAGUUGCAAUUGACUCCGAGACCUCCAGAGGCUGAAGUGCCAAAGCAGGUGCAUAGCAGUUCUGAGGAGGCCAAAGCUGAAGUCAUUCCGAUUGCAGCAGAGAUGCCGAAAGUGGAUGGGAAAUCUGCAGUGGAUCUUUCUGCUAUGCCCCGUGGUACUCCUCUCUAUGGACAGCCUUCUUGGUGGGGUGAGGAUGAUGCAGAUGAUGAAAAUUCCAGUAAGCAGGACCCCAAACCAGAGACUGGGAAGCUGGAAAACAGUUUUGCAGAAGGAGAGGUCAAGGAAGCCAAUAAACUAGAAGAUGAUGGCAAUGAUUUGCGAGAAGUACCAUACCCAUUCUGCAGAGAACCAAGCUAUUUUGAAAUCCCCACGAAAGAAUUUCAUCAAUCUGCUCAACUGGCAGAAAGCUCGAUUCAUGAAAUUCCUACAAAGGAUACGGAAACGUCCCACACAGUAGUUCAAGGUCAUGCUUCAUUUACAAUUGAAUUUGAUGAUAAUACUCCAGGAAAAGUGACAAUCAAAGAUCAUGUGACUAAGUUCACUCCAGACCAGCGCCACAAGCAGAAGAAAUCGCCUCCAGCCACGAAAGAGGUGUCUGGGCUCCAGGCUGCAAUGAUUGCUGCAGAAAGCAAAGUGGCUGAUUGGUUGGCACAAAAUAAUCCCCCGAGAAUGAGAUGCGAGUCCACAGAAGACGAUUCUAAAAGCAUUAAGAGUGACAUCCCAAUUCAGAUGAAAAGGUUAAAAGGGAAUAAGCAUGAUGAUGGUACACAGAGUGAUACAGAAAAUGGAAAUGGUCACAGACAUGCUUACAAACAUGUUGCACUUGAAGAUCAGCUGAAGAUGUACCGUACCGAACAGCAGAAAUUUCUUCUUCAACAGAAGUCUGUGACUUCAGAAAAGGCUCACGAAGCUCCUGUAAUGAGUAGGACUGCCUUCAUGAUUGAGUUCUUUGAUGACAGUAAUCCACGAAAGAGACGAUCCUAUUCUUUCACCCAAAAUGCAGCCGCUAUACCCCAAGAAGGUCUUCAUCCAUUUCCACCUGCAAGGCCAGACAGAACAAAAGGAGGUGUGACAGAGUUUAAACUUGCUUCUUCACCACCACAGUCAAGUUCUAAUCCUACUAAAUCAUCACACAAUAUACCUGGGCAUCACCAGAACAAACCUUUGCAAAACCAGAAGACUGUCGAAUCAUCCCCUCCUUUACCAUCUUCCCAGACAGCACUGCUACAAAGUUCUGGUAGCAUUGAACACAGACCAAGCCAAAGUCAAGAGCAGGAACAGCAAAAACAGAUUUCACCAUCUGCUGGCAAGGAAAAUGAAGAUGACCAAAGCGAUAAAGGAACAUAUACCAUUGAACUUGAAAAUCCCAAUCCAGAAGAAGAGGAAGCUCGUAGGAUGAUUGACAUGGUGUUUGGAGUAGUGGAUUCCCACAGUUAUUCCAGUUGUACUGCAAGGCCAAUCAUUGCUGAACAAAUGGAUAAGUCGAAAGCAACAUCUACUCAAGUAGUGACUGAUGAAGAGAACAGAGAACCUUGUCCAGAUAUGUUUGACCCUGAGACUGCCCUUGAAGGCUCCUUUACAUGUACCAGUCCCCAAUGGGUGUCCCAGUGGACAGGUUUAGCUGCUAAUCACAAAGGUGCUGACCCUAAUGACCAGAGGCCAAACUCGCCGGCAAUUGGAGUUCAUGAUCGAGAAACAGACAUCAGUGAAUCUGGUGUCUCAGCAAAAAGUGCAUCCACAUCCGACACCACGUCAGCCAGUAUGAGUGAUAGAAAGAGAAGAACACUUCCACAGCUUCCAACAGAGGAUAAAACUUCUGAAAGCCAGAAGUCAAAAGCUCCUGUUAGUUUAAAUUUGACCAAAACAAGACCUGAAAUAGGUGAAAAGCAGGACACUGAGCUUCCUGAAAAGGAACCCACUCCUCCUCACCCUAAAGACCGACAAAAGGAAAUUACUCGAGGCAUUGCUAAAAACAGCUCGUCUCUUAAAGCUGGCAGUGGUGGGAAUGUGCCUGGCGCAUCAACUAACCACCCUCAGCCUAUUAAAGAGAAGGUUGAUGCUGUCAAGGGUAUAUCAGCAGUAAGGCAACCUUCACCUAAAAGUCAACAACAGGUACACAGAGAGAGUCCACCUCAGCGGACCUUUGCGAAAACAUCUGCUGGUAAGCCCUUGGCUAGCAGUACGAACCACACUGACAAAGGCAGAGAGGUUUCGCCAAGACGAGUGGUUUCUGCUUCACAGAAAGCUGGUGACCUGCAGGAAUCCAGACAAGCUGCUGCAAGCAUUUUGGACAAAGUAGAGGCUCAUACUGAAGAGAAGAGAAGAAAAUCUGAGGAGAUUUCUAGAAGUCCCUCUUCUAAAGGAGGGAAUACUGAGAAAAAGGAUUCUCAAAGGCCUUUGGUCAGGCAGGGAAGCUUCACCAUAGAAAAACCGAGUAGCAAUGUACCCUUAGAACUUAUCCCUCGCAUCACUAGGGAGGGUGGGUCACCAGGUGCUACUUCUGCAACUGGUAGAGAGAGAAGUAACUCCAUUGGCACAGAUUCCAGCAUGGACACAACUGUUUUGCUGAAGGACACUGAAGCAGUGAUGGCAUUUUUAGAAGCAAAGCUAAGAGAAGAAAACAAACUGGACGGAGGAGCCGAUACCCCAAGCUACCAUGUGGAUGAUUCCAUUUCUCCUGAAUCAGAUAUUGAUACAGCGAGCACCAUCAGUUUAGUUAGUGGAGAUGCAGAAAAGAAGUCUAUUCAGAAACGGAGAACUCUGAGUAGCCUCCACAAGGAAAAGAGCUUCACAAAAUCUCCUGCCAAGGAUCAGUCUAGAAUUACUACAACAAAUGCAAGAGACAAACUUGCAGAUAAAAAAACAAAAAGUCGUGCUUCAGAUGCGAAUGUUAGAUCAGAAUCGCGCAGACCUCUACAAACCACUGGGCGAGCAAGACAGGCCUCGUUUGAUUUAACAGAUGAUGAUCAAACAUCAAGUUUACCUCAAUCCACCAUCUCAGAUUUUCUUUCUUCAGAUCAAGAGACCUAUUCCAGCAGGUCACAAGGGCGAACAUCGUUUACAUCCACUGAUGAACUGUUGCAUUCCAAACUGGAAGGUAGUAAAUUAUCCAAGACAAAAACUAGUGCUGUUAAUAGCUCCACUGGCAAAUCGACAAACCUACCGAAGCCUCGGCCUACUAGAACAUCCAUUUUACGGAGAGCACGCCUGGGAGAUGCAUCUGAUAAUGAGCUGGCAGAUGCAGAUAAGGUUUCAGUGGUUUCUGAAGUGUCUACUACCAGUUCAACCACAUCAAAACCUCCCUCGGGCAGAAAGACUCCCUCUAGAUUAGAUCUACUUGCUCAGCCUCGACGUAACCGUUUGGGCUCUAUAUCUGCACGCAGUGACUCUGAAGCAACAAUAACCAGAAGUAAUGUCAAUCGAGCUUCAGACUCCUCCUUUAGAAGUAACCUGCGGACCACUUCCACAUCGGAUAACAAACCGUCUCCCAGGAUGCGUGCAAACAGCAUUUCAAGAAUGCCAGAUUCAUCUAAAACCAAAACUUCAACAGCAGGACAUGGGCCUCCAUCAGUUCAUUUGCAAGGUGCUCGAUGGAGACGCUUCCCUACUGAAUACGCUUCAACUUCAGAGGAUGAAUUUGGGUCAAAUCGCAGCUCACCUAAACAUACUCGCUUGCGCAGCACUGCAGCACUGAGGACCAGCAAGCUGCAGAACACUAAUGCAGUAUCAAGCAACAUGUUGCUGAAAAACAAGAUGAAGGAGCAGGAUGAUUAUAUAAGAGACUGGACUGCUCACAGUGAGGAAAUUGCCAGGUAUCUUUCUAUAUCAAAGAUCAGUCAAGAUCUGGCCAAAGAUUUGGCUAUCCUUGCUCGUGAAAUCCAUGAUGUGGCAGGUGAGAUAGAUUCUGUGAGUUCAUCAGGCACUGCCCCUAGUACAACAGUAAGCACUGCUGCCACCACCCCUGGCUCCACCAUUGACACCAGGGAAGAGGUAGGAGACCUUCAUGGAGGGAUGCCUAAGUUAGUUGAUCGAGUUUUUGAUGAAAGUCUGAAUUUUAGAAAAAUACCUCCAGCAACUGGAAAUGGCAGACCAGGUGACCCAAGAUCUCGAAUUUCAGAGUCUGCUGAUCAACAGGCUGCUUCAAAGCGGAAGACAUGGAGUAGGGAUGAAGCAGUUUUAGACAGCCUGAUGCUGACCUCUGUGUCCCAGUUAUCUCAAAAGAUAAGACACAUCAUGGAGAAAACUGCUCUGAAGAUCAGGAUUUUAUUUAAGGAUCAUGACCGAAACUGGGAAGAAAUUGAAAAUAAAAUGCGGGCUGAGAGUGAAGUUCCUAUUUUGAAAACGUCAAACAAGGAGAUUUCAUUGAUUCUACAAGAGUUGAAGAGGGUAGAGAAGCAGCUCCAAGCUAUCAACGUGAUGAUUGAUCCAGAUGGUGCAUUAGAUUCAGCGUGUGGAUUCAAACUAGCAAGCCCCAGUUUGCCUGGACAGGCAAAGCACAAGUCCAGCCCUACUCACCGUUCUCCGAUCAUAACCCCAAGAGAGCUUGAGCACAAAAUGGUACGGCCGUCUCCUGUCUCUUCAGAAUUUGACAGUGUUCAGCCAUCUCAUCCAGAGUACAGCCAUCAUUAUACUCAGCGUAAACCGAAUGGAGAGGGCAGAGAGAAUUCUGGACACGAAUAACACCGUUUUGCAGCAUCUUUAAAGUGGCAGGCAUAAACCAACUUGGACGAGAGUUCUGACCUUGUUGCCUUUAUUGCAAACUGUUUUGCCACGCAAUUGGCCUAAAGAUGAUUUCCUGCGUUCUACGGUACUUUCUCACAACAUUAUUUUUGCUGUAGUUGUAAGCUUUGUAUUCAACAACAAACUAUUUGGGAAAAACAAAUUGUCUGAUGCCUGUAGUGAAAUGUGAACCAAAUUGGCAGCUUUUCUACCUAGCCUUUGUUAGUUGUCUUCAAAAUUGGUUAACAAAUUUGCAUUAUUACUGAUACUGGAAUAGAAAUAUUGUGUUAAGCAUAUAAAGACAAUACAAGUGCUAAGAAUAUCAAACCACAAAGGCAUUGAUGCCAAGCUGCUCAGCAUAUCGAUCAGUUGAACUCCCAUGUUCUGUUGAAUCAAAGGAUUGCUGUUCAUUUGUGUUUAGUAUACACAUAACAGCAUCUGCAUAGAAUAUUACUUAUCUGUACAAAAUAGAAUAACAGUUCAGCAAUUAUUGUACUAUUUGGGGGAGGAGGAAUUAGGUGUUAUGCUGCGGUCAAAAGUAAGUUUUUGACAUUAAUGCUAAAAGUACGAUUGAAUGCAGAAUUUUAGCAUUAUACAUGAUUGCACUAUUAGCAACAACAGGUGAGCUAAGGAAUGGGAUCAUUACAUUGGUAACUGAUAUUUUAUUCCCUCUAGCAGAUUUGGGGGAGGGGAGAGUGAGUGAACAAGCAGAAAAUCUAUCUAUUGUUGGGCAGCAGCAUUAUAGACAUUGAAGGAUCUUGAAUACAGUUGUUAGCUCUUCAGAGAGAUAAGAGGGAUGACUAUCCGCUUGUAUAACAGUACAGUGGCAGACUCAACUGAUGUUUAUUCACCGAAUAGUCGCCCACAUUACAGUGAUCUGUUUAAGCAUUGCACAUAGCUAGUCUGAAUUGUCAGUUUGAAUUGAUGCAGACUAGUUCUUAAAAAUUAGUUUGGAGAGAAUGUAGUUGGCAAGCACACUGUCUGAAAACACUUCUAAAAAUUGUUGUAUGAAUCCAUUCUGAUUAUUUAAGGCUGAAAGUCACCUCUCAACCUAUGUGUAAGGUGCUUGUAUAAAAUAGGAUUGGGGCAUUAUUAACCCAAUGCUGAAGAAUGUGCAUGUGCCUGCAACAUAAUUUUUAUCUGUCUCACCCCCCACCUCCCGGUAAUGAAUAAUGUGUGACUAAAAUUGACAGUCUCACUUAGAGAGGCCUUAAGAAUGGGAAAUAGGGAGGAUUCACAAUGGUGCAAUGUGGGAAUGGCUUUUUCAAGAUAGGAUUCGGGCAUCUUUCCAAGAUGAUGUGAAAGUACCUUUGCGCUUCUUUAUGGCUACAUUCUACCAUUGGUUCACACUAAGUUGCAUUUUCCAGCACUGAUAUCCAGGUGAGCAUAACAAAAUUCACAGCCCCUCCCAAUCUCAAUCCAUUUCUUACCUGAUACAAAUUCACAACUCAAAAUUGACUUGAUUUCUCACUAAUUUACAAUCUACACUCCACAAUGGUAAGAAAUGAAAAUGCCAGACUGGUCCGGCACAAUGUUCAUCUGAGUCGAACACUGAUCUUUUUUGGUUUAGGUUGAAGUUCAAGUUGCAGCAAAGGGAGCUGUAUCGCACAACAGUACCUUACCUGAAGGUCUGACUAGGUGCCAAAAGUGGAAAUAUUUAUUUCCCAACACUGCCUGAUGAGCACAAAAAUUCAUUGAAAAUACAAAAUUACUUUUUGAUUACCAAUAAAAGAACUGAUCUUAAUCAUUGACUCAGUGUUCAUCUUAGCUGGCCAUGAGCAAAUAUGAGAGUGCCUGAGACUUAACUAUCCCAUCCACUUUCCCUUCGCCCCCACCAAGACUUGUAGCUCAGACUACAAAUUUAGCAGUGUGAUGGAACCUUGCAAUCCAGCUAUUUGUUGAUUUUUCAUGCUGUAACUGCUCUGCCCAACCGGUGUCUGCUUUUAAAAAAAAAAACUUGUAAAUGCACAGCAAUAGGAGGUUGAAUGCUUUAUAACAUAAUUUGGGACUAAGCUCAGCCCAAAAUUGUGUUUUCAUAAUAUGGAUAGCAAACACGUUAUGAGUGUGCCUCUGCUGCAGAAGUCACUUUUUGUGGAGAUUGUGAGUGCUCCUUUACUGCAGAAGUUACUUUUCAUGGGGAUAGGCAAAUCUCCUUAUGUUGCUUUGAAGAAUGGACAUUUGUGUAUACGUAAGCCACAUGUGAUACUGCCUUGCUUUUGUUACUGAAGAGCCUAAAAACUGUAUUCUCUUCAAAAGAUGAAGCUUUUAUGUAGCAUUGCAUGGCGUAGUUUCUGGAAUGCAUUGCUGUUUGACCUGCCAUCAGUCUUGCAGAGCUGCAAACCAGAUUGUAGAAAAGGUAGGAAAAAAAAGCAAUCCCAACAGUCUAUGGGUGUCUCGCACUAAGAUAUCAUUUGGAACAAGUGGAAAAUGCAAAGGUCUUUUUUUGGUUUAAAAAGUACCUUUUAUAUAUAAUUCCUUUGUAGAGAUUAACCUUAUUCAAAUAUUGCUAUUAAAAAAAUCCCAGCCAUUUGUAAAUGGGCAACUGUUUGCCAAAUUGAUUGUCAUUGGCCUUGUAUCCUAGGAAGAUUAUCCUUUCAAGGAAUAUUUCAUCCUUCCUCCAUUAGAUUUGGCACAGAUCUAGAUUCUCCUCCUUCACUAACAUUCUAACUCAAAAGAUCAUGCCUAACAUUGUUGGAACAACCAAGCAAUAAUCAAAAAUGCGUGUGCAUUAUUUCUGGAGAAAUUUUGCAUUGACAUCAUUUUCAUCCUUUUUUGUGUCCCAUUACAGCACCAUUAUCUUGAGGCACCUGUGCUAAUGUGAAUGUGUACAUAUAUUUGCCAAUGUUCUUUAGAUCUUGUAGUCCGCUGACUAACUUUUGUUGUAAUAUUGACAAGGGUGUACUAGGUAAUAUACAAUCUGGUGGAAAUUCAAUGAUGUAAUACACUGUGCAAUAUAUAGCCAAUGCCAGCCUGUCAAGUAACUAGUAAAUGAUAUUAGGCUAGUAAAUACUAGAGGUCCUUCUGGUCUAAUUUUACACAAUAAUUGGAAAAGCUGCCUUGUCAAUAUUACCUAGUUUGAAUUUUUUUAUCCCUUUUAAACCUUUGAAAAGGGAAAUGAGCCUACCAAAAGUUGCCUCUAAUUUUCCUCUUUGUUUUGUAGCAAUUCCAGUAGCAAAAGCACAGGGCUGCCCCAUAGAUGGAAAAGUAAUGAGAUGGUGUAUUACAAACCUUCACUAGUAAAGACCAAUGUAAUGAAUUUCCCAUGUUCUGGACAUACUAGCUAAGCAUUUCAAAUUCUUGUAUUGAUUUACAUGUUUAUAUAUUUGUGUUGUAAUCUGUAAUACUGGUUUUGUUUGCAUUUACAAGAUUUUUGCCUGAUUUUGUACGAACAUUAUUGGCUCUAUUUAUUUUUUGGUUAUAUAUGUUCAUUUGUAUUUUUGCGUUUACAGUGUUUCAAAUAAAGGUUUU